AAAACACGUGGGUCGGAGGUUUACGGUGAUCGGGGUUGAGAUGCGUGGUUUCAGGGAAAUAUCGCAUUAAAACGCAUUUUAACACAAAGCGUAUUAAAAUGUAUUCUUAUCAUAUACUUAAAGUCUACUAAUAGAGAUGUGUCUGAUGUAAAUCAGUUGGAAAUCCUGUAACACCGACCGACUGGGUUUGUAAACUGUCCUUUACACUCAUCAUGACUCACUAUGAGUAACAUCAUAGUGCAAAGAACACUCUGGGAAACUGUGACACAAUCCUUCAAACUGCCAAUGGCACUCAUACGGUGGAUCAUAACUAAACUGAUAAAUCCAGCGUGGAUGGGCGCGCAUCCGUCCCGGAAGAUGGCUGGUGAAACAAUAGUUGCUAAUAAAAGAAGAAAAAUGGUUGUAGGGCUAGGAAAUCCUGGCAUGAAUGGCUCUCGACAUAGUGUUGGUAUGGCUUUUCUCACAACAUUAGCUGAACAUUUGGGAGCAUUGGAUGGCUGGAGAUCAGACCGACAUGUGUCUGGGGAGGUCAUUCUCGCAGACCUUCAAGAUAUUCAGUUGGUUCUUCUCCGGCCCAAGUUGCUUAUGAACAUCAAUGGCAUAAGCGUUGCAAAAGCAGCCAGCAAAUAUUUAAUUCAGCCCAAUCAUAUUUUCUUGAUACAUGACGAGCUUGACAAACCACUUGGGAAGUUCAGCAUUAAACACGGUGGAAGUGCAAGGGGUCACAAUGGUGUUAGAUCGUGUGUGGACUCCCUUGCUACUGAUGUAAUGCCCCGGUUGCGUAUUGGUAUUGGACGACCAUCGGAUAAAACAUCGGUCGACCGUCACGUUUUGGGACGUUUUUCACAAGAGGAACAAAAAGUUCUGGACUCUGUCAUGAAGCAGAGUUUGGAUGUUCUGCUGACAUAUCUCACAGACGCACAACCCCAGACUUCCCCAGCAGAGGGAAGGAGAGCCUCACGAAAGAAUAAAGAGAGGAUACUUUCAUCUCCUCAUGGUGUCACAGAAGAGCAAAAACAGAACUGAGCUCCUGUUACCAUACAGAAUAUCAUUAUAACUGUGUUUCUGUUAUGAAGGAGUUGAGUUUUAGUAUGAUGUAAUGUUUAGAUCCCAAAUAGAGGAAAGGAGAGCAUCACCCAAGAUAAAAAAAAAAUGGACACUUUGACCACCUCUUGGCACCACAGAAGGGCAGACACAAAAUUGACAUCAUGUUAUGAUAAAUUGUGUUUUUGAUAACUGUAUCUCUGAUCUGAAGUAGCUGAGUUUUGUUAGGAUGCAGUGUUUAAGAUUUGUCAGAGGUGUCAUUAUUGAAUAUAGCACUACCAUCUUUUGAAGUUCUGUAGAUUUAUUUGGAUGCAACAGCCAGUUUGCUUAUCUGUGGUGGUUUGAAACAUGAACAAGGUUGACUGUAUAAUGUAAUGUUUGUCAUUUCAAAUAAUUUGAUUAUUUUUUAACUUAAUCUUUGCAGCAUUGUUUUUUUUUUAUUACAUAUUUUUACAUUUAGCCAGAUAUUUCCAAACACUUAAAUCUGAUCUUCAAACAACUUCUUGAGUUAAAAAAUAUUUGCUUGAAUUUUAAGAAUACCUUCCCUACUCAAAAGAGAAUUUUGAAACCUUAAAAUCCUUCUAAAAGCUGCCUUUGCGUCUAUCUUCUAUCAUAAGGUGUCUAUCUUCAUAAAAAUUAGUUUCAGUUUGUAUUUUGUUCAGCUAAAAUAAAGCUUUUUUACAGAGCAUUUAUGCAGUUGAAGUCAGAAGUUUACAUACACUUGGGUUGAAGUCAUAAAAAAAAAAUGUUUAACCACUCCACAGAUUUCAUAUUUGCAAACUAUAGUUUUGGCAAUUUG